CAUUUUAUUCGUACAAAAAAUUUCCAACGAUAAUGUAUUCAGGAAAACAUGAAUAUAGAAGUUGUUCCUUAUUUAACCAAAUUAAGAAUAAUUAAGAAUAUUUAAGAAUUUCCAUAUAAACUGUUUUGAGGAAAUUUUUUGAAUACUGAACAGUCGAAUGAUUUACAUUUAAUUUGAUAUCGAAAUGUAAUCGACUAUCGAUUGUAUAUCGAUGUUUAAAAGUGCGAUAUAAUAUUGACAACGUUCGAUCUCAGUGCUGAUGGUUAAGUGAAUACGUACGCGUAAAAAGUGUUUUGUUUAUCUACUGUUAAACCGUUAAUUAAAUAAACUAAAUAUGCCGUCGAAAGUUGAACCACGUACCGCAAUACCUCUGGUAAAAAUGAUGAGAAAUCUUUUGCGAGGUAGACGUGUUGUGGAAGCGGUAAGAUUUCCAUGUAAUGUUGCUGACCGUACACAACCACCUCCUACAAUACCUUAUGGACCAAACCAUAAAACUUCUAAAGUUUACUAUUAUACACGCGAUGCCAGACGUCUUGUUCAACCACCCAUUGCGAUAUAUUCAGCUACUAAACAAUUAGAAGCAGGGAAGGGUGCUCCCAGUGAAGUUAAAUAUGUUACACCAGGUAAAGUUUACAAUCCCCCAACACAAUGAAUGACUAUGAUAAAAUAUUUAUUGAGUGUUAGUUAUGAUAUAGCUACUACAUGUAACAAAUGAUUAUUAAAUAAGAUGUAUGUAAACUGAGAUAAUAGAAUAUUGUAAAUAAAGCAGACUUUUUUUAAAGUAA